GUGUCAAAACUUGUUGAUAAUUUUUUAUCAGUCUAAAAGAAAAAUAUUGCAAACAUUGUUGGUCUUAAGGAUGAUGUUACUCGUCCUGUCAAUUGUACAUCUAUUUGUUCAGAACACCGCUGCACUAGAAUGUUUCAGCUGUCAGGCUAUAAACGAUGUCAAUAGUUGCAACAACACACUUGUAUGUAAGGAUGGACAGGCUUGCUUUCUAAAUACUUCAUCGACAAAUCAACAUCACAUGAAUGUACUAGGUUGUAUCGGCAAUCAGCAAUGCGCAGCCCAUGGAAAUAUUCCAGCCACUAUAGUAGGCAGAGAUCUUAAUACGAGACAAACAACUGAUUGCCUUGAAUGCUGUUCCAGUGAUCAUUGCAAUAAAAAUUUAUGUGAACAUCUGAAACCUCAAUCAUGUAUUGAUGACGAUUCCUUUGACUGUGCAAGACUUAACUCUUUGUUCAACAUAUGCAAUGAUAUCUCUCAAGCUAAGAAAGUGUGCCCUAAGUUUUGUAAUUUGUGCAACGUUGUUGACGGAAACUGGACACCGUGGUCUGCAUGGUCCUCGUGUGACGUUACAUGCGAAAAAUGUUUAAAGACAAGAACAAGAUCCUGCACGAAUCCUGCACCACAAUACGGUGGUCAGAUAUGUCUAGGCAAUAGUACAGACAGCAAAGUGUGUGAACUGGAUCUGUGUCCCAAUUUGAGCCAUUGCCAACCAAAUCCCUGUGUCCAUGGAUCAUGUAUUGACCUUAGAAAUGAUUUCUUAUGUACAUGUGACCAAGGCUUUGAGGGAAGAUAUUGCAAUAUUUCAAAUUCGAUGUGUAAAUCUAAUCCUUGCGUUCACGGAACAUGUUUUGAUAACAAGGAUGGUUUUGUGUGCUCUUGUACAGAUGGAUUCAGGGGAAAAUACUGUAACACAAGUAUCGACUUUUGUUCUUCAAAUCCGUGUAUUCGAGGAAAUUGUGUAAACGGGGUAACAAAUUACACAUGCAACUGCCCCCUGGGUGUUACAGGCAACCUCUGUGAAACAGUUCCAGCAUCUGAUUGUUUUGACAUUCAGAAAAUGUCUCUUGGUCAAAGAAAUGGUAUAUAUGGAAUCCGGCUGUGGAAAUCUAAAGUCUAUAAAGAAAUAUACUGCGAUUUAGAUACUGCCAGCGGCGGAUGGUCGGUGUUCCAAAGACGGUUUAAUGGUUCAGUGGACUUCUACCGGAAUCACGCUAAUUACUCCAUUGGUUUUGGAGAUAGUAACGGCGAAUUCUGGCUAGGGCUUCAUUAUAUAUUUGAAUUAUAAUCACAAAACAAGACGGAAUUACGAAUUGAUGUAGAAUCAGCAGACGGUUCCAAAGCAUUUGAAGUAUACACAAACUUUCAUUUAGACGAAGGCGACUACAGGCUGCACGUCGAUCAAGGAUACGGCUCUGCAGGAGAUACAACAUAUGGUCUGUACUACAGCAAUGGCCGGCGUUUCUCGACAUAUGAUCAUGAUGUAGAUGAAAGUAAUGGAGGCAACAACGCACAACUGUGCCACGGAGGAUGGUGGUACUGGCAUGGUCCUUGCACAUAUGUUAAUUUAAACGUCGAUUAUAUUACACCAGGAACAGUCCAUUCGAGUGAUUCAGGGAGGGCAGGAAUGAUAUUUUAUCUUUUCCAAGGGAUGCAGUCACUGAAAUCGUCGAGAAUGAUGAUUAGGCGCGUGUAGGCGAUGAAAUGUUUCAUAUUGCAUUGUAUUAAAUGAAG